CAAACAAGUUCUUAAAUAAUAGCAUCAUCUUCAACACGCUCUCUCACUCCCAAUCUUUCUCUUCUCUCCAUAAAUGGAUCCUCAAAUCUCCAUCGACGUUCCUCCUUACCUCCGUGUCCACAAAAACGGAACCGUCGAGAGACUAGUCGGCAUUGACGUUGCUCCUCCCGGCAUCGAUCCUCAAACAAACGUUAUCUCCAAAGACAUCACAAUCCUCCCCAAAACCGGUGUCACAGCAAGACUCUACUCACCCACCAAAACUUCAACAAAACUUCCUUUAAUUCUCUACCUCCACGGUGGUGCCUAUUGCAUAUCUUCACCUUCUGAUCCUCUUUACCAUAACUCCCUCAACAACCUUGUUGCCGAAGCAAACAUCAUCGCUAUCUCUGUUAACUACCGGUUAGCACCAGAACAUCCACUUCCAAUCGCCUACGAUGAUUCUUGGGAAGCACUUCAAUGGGUUGCUUCACACGCCGUCGAAGACGGCUUCGACGGCUUCAACGGCUUCAACGGCCAAGAAAAAGAAAACUGGAUCAAAGAAAAAGUUGACUUUAACCGAGUUUUCUUAGCAGGUGACAGUGCUGGUGCUAACAUGGGACACUACAUGUGUUUAAAGGAUCACAAUUUCGUGAACUUCAAGAUUUUGGGUCUUAUUAUGGUGAAUCCUUAUUUCUGGGGGAAGGAACCAAUUGGCGUGGAGAUAAGUGAUUCUGAAAGGAAGAAAAUGGUUGAUAAAUGGUGGGAAUUUGUUUGUCCUUCUGAUAAAGGAAGUGAUGAUCCUCUGAUUAAUCCGUUUGUAGAAGAAGCACCUGGAAUUGAAGGAUUGUGUGUUGAAAAAGUGCUUGUUACUGUUGCUGAGAAAGAUAUAUUGAGAGAAAGAGGGAAACUUUAUCAUAAGAAAUUGGUUAAUAGUAGUUGGAAAGGAACUGCUGAAUUCUAUGAAACUCAAGAGGAGGAUCAUGUUUUUCAUAUUUUUAAUCCAGAUUGUGCUAAAGCUAAGAGUUUGAUUAAACGCAUAGCUGUUUUCAUCAAUGAAUAAUGAUGAUUUACAGUAAUACAAGCAUGUAUUGUGUGUGGAAGCCUUUUUUUUAUUUAAUAAUAAUGAGGUGUGUUUUUGUGUUUAA